UGAAGGGUCUCAUCUGUGGUAAUUUGAUCCACGAGCUCCAGGACAUACAGGUCUGAUAACGUCUAGCGUUUCUUACUGCGGACUUAUAUCAGAGGAAAGGCAUCUGUGUUUCAUGGGACCAGAGAACCUGCAGAACUCUGCAGUGGUGUUUGGGUUGACCAGCUGUGAGCAGGAGGUCAGGAGUCCAUCUUAAACCCAGAUCAUUGACAUCACCAACCCUCUGACAGCCUCAUGGUGUACUUGGCCCACACGGUUCACUGGCAGUUCCUGGGCCUAGUGGUUGGCUGUGUAGGCUGGAUCCUGACCAUGGCCACUGCGGGCCAGAACGAGUGGAGGCUGUGGUACGUAGAGGACGUCUCCGUGGUAACCUCUGGCGUGGCCUGGGUGGGCGUGUGGCGGGCGUGUUUCUACAGCCACACCCUAUCCGACUCAGAGUUCUGCCAGCCAAUCGGCAUUGCCGACCUGUACGUUCCCGUGGAGAUCUCCGUGGCACAGGUGGUCACCAUGGUAGCAGUGAUCACUGGACUCUUGGGAAACAUCCUUGGUGCGUACGCAGUGAGGAACAUCUAUUUUGGUCAGAAGACUCAUGACUUUAUCAGACUGAUAUUCUCAGGGGCCGGGGGGCUGUACGUCCUUACAGGGGUCAGCUUCCUGGUCCCUCUAGUCUGGAAUGUGAAAUCUGUCCUGACCAAUCAGACCGUAGCGUUCCCCCCAGAGUUCCACCUCCCUCCCGCCCCACUCAGACAGGAAGUCGGCGGAGCUAUCUGGAUUGGGGUCGGUGCUUCGAUCUUCCUUAUCUUCAGUGGUCUCCUAUUCCUCUGCUACAGGUAUCCUAUCAGGGCUAAGAACGACAAGGACCCUCUACAUGGACCGCCCAUAAGACAAAUGUCUAUAUUAGAGAAUGGAGACAAGGAGACCAGAGACAACCCUGCCUUCCAGGCUGAGGAAGACUUUUAGGGCUGAGGACAGACAAACAGCAGCUGGGGAGAGUUUCUGCCAUUGUUCAGUACACACUUUGGGAGAAGGGAAUCAGAAUGUAACUAUAAAACACUGGAACACAGAACCAUAGAACCCCUUCUCUCUAAUUGCUGAAGUUUAGAGAACAGCUUUGACAAGUGCGAAAAUGCAGUGAUCUACAUUUUGGGCUCUGAUCAAUGUGACUAAUGAAAAUUUGUUUUGAUUGAUUGUAUAUAUGGUCACAUUGCUUCAACUGUUGUUCUCGGGGCACCAUUAGAAAUGAGACCCUGAUCUCAAUGGGUUCUGCGGUUAAAUAAAGGUUAAUAAUAAAAUACAAUUAACAGGACAAAGUUCAUGAAAUCCUUGGAAUGUUAUCAUGUGUAAAAUAACUUGUAAGUGAAAAGAUUGUGGUAGCAUGUAGCAUUACCAUAGCAUGUAGCAUGUAGCAUUACCGUAGCAUGUAGCAUGUAGCAUUACCGCAGCAUGUACUGUAUUGUUCCUGCACUUAUUUUCAUAAUAAAUAGAUGUUGAUAUUGAAA